GGUGGACACAGUUAUAAUUGCCGCUUCUACGCUCGGCAAGAUGUGCUCUACAGCCUGCAGUCACGAUCUCCUCCGCUAAUCCAUCGUUCUCACGGUACCUUGCUUACUGCUCUCGGCUUCCACAAUCUGCUCUACCUCCGCACCCCUGGUCGAUACGUGGGGCAAGAGGCGGCUCUGGCUACAGGUGAGCAUAGCGGGUCUGUCCGCUUGCAGCGUUGCCCUCUCCACAAAAUCCCACUAGACGAACCUCGUGACCAGUCGACUCCUCCUCCUCCACCUCCCAGCGUGUCUCGCAUUAUCUUCAAGUUCUGCGAGGCCACACUGGGGGUUGCUGUGGCCUCGGUGGUGAUAGCCAUUCUCACGCACUUGGAGCUCUCGCACGACAACACCGCCCAGGUCGUGGGGUACAAAUUUGGCUCUGCGAUCGGAGUUGGCUUCCUCUCUUGGCUGAGUCGAAUAUCUCUCACCACCAUGUACGAGGGGCUCGAUAUGUCGAUGGGAGUGUACACACGACUACCGAUAAAACAAGUCGGGGUGAAAGGCGUGUAG